AUGCCCAAACGAAUUCGACGUGGUCAAGCAAAUUCGAGACCUACUUCUGUCCGCAGAUCAGUCGGAGAACGUGCCGAUGUUUCAAGUUCUUCUCCUACCAUCACCAUCCCUUUCCUUUGCACCCCUGAACCUCCCCUCGUGGAUGACAGCGAGCCCAAGAAUAAAAUGCGUAGAUUAGAUACUCCUCAAAGUGUCACGGAUGAGGAUUGGCAGAGAGAUUUCGAAGAGUGUCGAGUAUCAUGGGAAGUGGAAGGGGAUGUGGAAGGGUUUGUUGGGAUGAUAGCUACCGUCAGCCGCUUUCGAUCUGGUAAAAGUCCGCAUAGCGUCCAAUUCGAUUUGGAAUACGGGGAUGUGGAGGGUGAUGAACGUACUACUUCCUUGACUUUAGUCUUCAAAGAUAUCGAGGAUUAUCCUGAAACCUACUAUUUGGAUAUUUCCGGACUCACCGGUCGAUUACAAAAACGUCUUUCUCGUUUCGUCAGGAUAUACAACCUCGACAUUCAAGCAUUGAUCGUCAAAUUGUUAUCGGCCCUUCAAGGAGACGACGAGGCGAACGGAGGUAGACCUUCAAGUCUCGUACCGGACAAUGGUGACCCUACCGAGUCAAUGGAAGAUCUUGACGCUCUCAGAGCAUCCCAGAUUCUGUCAGAACAGGAACCUCCCGAUAUGGUAAUUCUCAAUCGUCACUUUACGCAAGCGAAAAGUAUGGGAUAUCGACCUGGUUGGACAAAAGUUUCAGAUUUCUGGGUUUACUCUUUGUCAAUACCUUUGAAGAAUCUCCCCAUAGAUCCAAAUACCUUAGCCAUGUGGGACGACGAUCUGGUCGAAGCUUGGAAACAAGAUAAACGAAUAGUCCUCCUGGUAGGAGUUACAUCAUAUCCUCCCAAACUUGACGGAAUGCGUUAUUGGUUAGGUCUCAAUGACAAAUAUAAGCCUUCUGAGAAGGUUUGUACACUUACCACUCGAAAGUCCGAAGGUGGGAUGCCUCCCUUUUUCACCUCCAUACCGCUUUUAGGUCAGCUCAAAUUUUUUCCUCGGUGUCACAAGCUUCGCACGGAUUUUGGACAAUGUUGGGCCGAAGCGGAUGCCAUCGGUUUAGACGAAGAACGAUCUCGGACAGUGUUUCAAUCUCAUGAACGUCCUCUCAAAUCACUCAGAUAUGAUUCCGAUGAUCCCGUGACGAAAGGUUAUGAACUCAAUUAUCCUUUGUGCGCCUUUUGGUGGGUCAUCAGACGAUUUGUUAAUGCGCCGAAAUGUUGUUUAAAUUGUGGAUUGCCAGUCACCGUACCAUCUUUGAGACCUUAUGUGUGUAACUCUCCAUUAUGCGUAUAUGGGUAUAUGAGUCUAGGUCUUGGUCCUUCAAUCGAACAUGUCAUCAAGACGGAACCUGAAGUCGUCGAUUUACUUUUGUCCUUCGCAUAUGCGGCUGCUCAGUCUAAAGCACGAAUGGAUCUACCUCUUCAAUUGAAUAUCGAUGUACCGAAAGCGUGUACAGGUUCUCACGACAUCUUGUUCGAUCUCUACGAAAAACAACGAAGUGCUUUAGCUUGGCUAAUCGAACAACUACCCCCAGUCAGUCAGAUCAAAGAACAUCUAAACAACGGUGGACUUUUGAAAGAUAUCGAUGCUCCUGCAGGUUCCAUCGGGGUCUUACGAUGGGUUGUCGGAUCUUGUCGAGCUUAUCUCAAAGCUGCAAAACCUCAUGAGGGUGUGCAGAAUGCACCCACUGUCAGGCCUGGGGAGGAUUCGGGAUGUUUUCGACAAUUCCUAUUUGUUGUAGGUUCACCACAACAAGAAUCUAGGUUUAAGGAAGAAGUGGAAAAAGCUCAGAAAAACGAUAAGAAUUGUUUACAGUAUCCUACAUUGUUGGCUUAUCAUGGUUCUGGAGUGGAGAAUUGGCAUAAUAUCCUGAGAACAGGGUUAGAUUUUCAGGAUACGGCGAAUGGACGAGCAUAUGGUCAUGGAGUUUACUUCGCGGCUGAAUCAAGUAUAUCUAUGAAUACGUACGCUAGAGCGAACACGGUUCAGAGAGAAAAUGCGGAUUUUGUAAUUUCAAAAGCCACUGCCCUUGUAGAGCUAGUAAACGUCCCGAAGACUUUUAUUUCUCGUAAUCCAUACUACGUCGUCGGCAAUAUUAGACAAAUUCGACCGUUCAUGUUAUUGGUACAAGGUAAAGGGGAGAUUUCACCUGCGCCUCAGUAUAAGGGGGCGUUAUUUCAACAUGAUCCAAAAUUAGCCAUGAAAACUACAUUCUCGAAUUCUCCUCUGUUGGUUGCAAUGCCCGAAAAGCUCACACCCGCAACAUUUGUCGAUAACGACCCUUACGAUUCCACCGACGAGGCAAUCCUCUCUCCGCUUCCUCUCCAACCCACUUUCACACGCUCCGAUCAAGCUCGGUACGAUCGUCUGGGUAGGAUGGCCCCUCCGGAGGAUACUAGUUUAGUGGCUACUCGUGCACUGAGUAAGGAGUUCAAAACCCUUGUGAGACAGCAAGAAAGUGGGGAGAACCUUCCGUUCUACCUGGAUAGAGAAGGAGAUAGUUUGUAUUGCUGGACUUUGGAAUUGUGGGAUUUUCCUAAGGAUAGUAGGUUGAUGCAGGAUAUGAAGAAAUUUGAUUUGAGAUCUAUAAUAGCCGAAAUCAGAUUUCCUUCCUCUUUCCCUCAUAGUCCCCCAUUCAUGAGAAUACUUCAUCCUCGAUUCCUUCCCUUUGCUCAAGGUGGUGGAGGAAAUAUCACCGCAGGAGGAUCAGUCUGCAAUGAGAUCCUGACUUCUACCGGUUGGAAUCCCGCUUUUUGCAUAGAGGCUAUAGUGAGGGAUAUUAUGACGAAUAUGACCGAAGCGAUACCUCCUGCUCGACUCGACCCACAUGGUUGGGAUAGACCAUACUCCAUGUCCGAAGCUUUAGAAGCGUUUAAACGAGUGGCCGCGGCUCAUGGUUGGGGUAUACCUAAAGAUCUGGACAAGAUGACAACCAAGCAAGGGGACGAUUAACUAGUAUUAUGAUCUUUCCCGGGUUCAUGCUUUUCAUGUUGUGCAGGAUCAUAGAUCAUGCAUCUAUAACGCAU